AUGGCUGGCGAUCUCGUCCUUCUCACUGGCAGCACUGGUAUGAUUGGCUUCAGAACGCUUGUUGAAGCCCUCCAGACCGGUUAUAAAGUCCGCGUCGCUGUCCGCAACCAAGCUGGCUUUGACCGCAUCACAUCACUCAAGCCUCUUGCCCCUUAUGUCUCAAACCUAGAGAGCAUUAUUGUUCCUGAUAUUACCGUUCCUGGGGCCUACGAUGAAGCCGUCAAGGGCGUCAAAUAUGUCGUCCAUAUUGCUUCCCCACUAGUCAUGCCAGUUGAUACCGAAGAGCUCUUUCAAUCUGAGGUUAUUCAGCCCGCCAUCCGGGGCACAGUCGGUGUCUUGGAGGCUGCAAACAAGGUGACCGGCAUCGAAAGAAUUGUAAUUACUGGCUCCAUCUUGUCCGUCGCUUCUUUCGAGACCAUGGCUAGUGGAACUGCGAUCGACGAGAAAACCCGCGCCGUUAACACCACGGGGCCCUAUGGAUCUGCUAUCAACGCCUACCAAGUAUCCAAGGCUCUAGCUUACGAGGCUACCACCAAAUUCGUCGCCGAGAAAAGGCCCGCUUUCUCUGUCGUCAACAUCAUGCCAGUCUUCGUCAUUGGUCGCGAUGACACUGUCACCGACGCUUCAAACAUCGCCAAGGGCACCAACGGCUUCCUUAUGGGCCCCAUUCUUGGCCAUGCCCAAGAACAGCCUCUGGUUGGCGCAGUCGUUCACGUCGAUGACGUUGCUAAGAUGCACAUCCAGUCCCUGGACUCGUCCAUUGUUAAGAGCAACGAAGAUUUCAUCGCAUACGCACCUCCAACAAUUGACUGGGCCGAUUCGUUUGAGAUUGUCAAGAGACGCUUCCCAGAGGCUUAUGCUGAUGGCGUCUUCAAAUUCGAGUCUGUUCCCCGACCGAUCACAGCUCCAGUCAAUAUCGAUUCAUCCAAGGCUCAGAAGACUUUUGGCUCGUUCAAGUCAUUCGAAGAGCAAACAGUCUCUGUUGUGGAGCACUAUCUCGAACUGAUCGGUCGCAAAUAG